CCGGCCUCCGCCAUCUUGCCUCUCCCUGGCUGCCAGGAGCCGAGUGCGGAAGUGGAAACGGCACUGUGCGGGCUCAGGGUUCCGCCUGUGGACGGCUCGCCAGACUCUCCAGCCGACACAGCCUGCUGUCCGUCAAAUUUAACCGUUUCUAUACCGUAGAGACCCGGGGAGAGAUGGCUGGACGGUUACCGGCGUGUGUUGUCGACUGCGGCACAGGUUACACCAAACUGGGGUAUGCAGGGAACACAGAGCCACAGUUCAUCGUUCCAUCAUGUAUCGCCAUCAAAGAGUCAGCCAAGGUCGGAGACCAGGCCCAGCGAAGGAUGAUGAAGGGGGUGGAUGACUUGGAUUUCUACAUCGGAGACGAAGCAGUAGACAAGCCCACAUAUUCCACUAAGUGGCCAAUCCGUCAUGGGAUUGUGGAGGACUGGGACCUAAUGGAGCGCUUCAUGGAGCAAAUCAUCUUUAAGUACCUGAGGGCUGAGCCUGAGGACCACUACUUCCUCCUGACAGAGCCUCCUCUGAACACACCGGAAAACCGAGAGUACACAGCCGAGAUCAUGUUCGAGUCCUUCAAUGUGCCAGGCCUGUACAUUGCUGUGCAGGCUGUGCUGGCUCUAGCCGCCUCCUGGACGUCCAGACAGGUGGGAGAGAGGACGCUGACGGGCACAGUCAUCGACAGCGGAGAUGGUGUCACCCACGUCAUUCCUGUGGCUGAAGGUUACGUUAUUGGCAGCUGUAUAAAGCACAUUCCCAUCGCAGGACGAGACAUCACCUACUUCACCCAGCAGCUCCUGAGGGAGAGGGAGGUGGGCAUCCCACCGGAGCAGUCGCUGGAGACGGCCAAGGCAGUCAAGGAGCGGUUCAGCUACGUGUGCCCAGAUCUAGUCAAAGAGUUCAACAAGUACGACACGGACGGCUCCAAGUGGAUCAAGCAGUACACCGGCAUCAAUGCCAUCAGCAAGAAGGAGUUCACCAUCGAUGUGGGCUACGAGCGCUUCCUGGGGCCAGAGAUCUUCUUCCACCCAGAGUUUGCCAACCCUGACUUCACCCAGCCCAUCUCUGAAGUUGUGGACGAAGUCAUUCAGAACUGCCCUAUCGAUGUCAGGCGUCCUCUCUAUAAGAACAUCGUUCUGUCGGGAGGCUCCACCAUGUUCAGGGACUUUGGGCGUCGUCUGCAGAGAGACUUAAAGAGGACGGUUGAUGCCCGACUGAAGAUGAGUGAGGAGCUGAGUGGAGGCAAGCUCAAGCCCAAACCAAUCGAUGUCCAAGUUAUCACUCAUCAUAUGCAGAGAUAUGCAGUGUGGUUUGGUGGAUCAAUGUUAGCGUCAACUCCCGAGUUCUACCAGGUAUGCCACACCAAAAAGGACUACGAAGAGAUCGGCCCGAGCAUCUGUCGCCACAACCCCGUGUUUGGAGUCAUGUCUUAACUUUGGGCCUCCAGAGUCUAACAGCGGAGGGUGGGGGCUGCAGUAGGGGGGCGGUGAAGUUAGGUUGUGUAAAGGACAGGCUCAGGAGGUGGAGGACGGUGACGCUUCUGUGCUUUUUGAUUACUUGUUCAGCUAUGGAUGUGUGGGACGAGGAGGCGAUCCAGAAUAUAAAAAGGAGAAAAAAAAGAAAAGAGACCAGACCAAACACAGACCGGCUGGAAAAUUUAUUGUGAAUGUUCCUUUUUUUUUUUCUUUUCCUUUCUUUCGUUCUGUUUUAUUUUAUUUUUUUUCCCGUCUUUCCUUUUCAAAAUGAGGGAAAAUGGUUUGUAAGCCAAAAUGAUUUCAAGACCAUUUCUGGAUCUGUUGAGCAACAUGCAGUGAGAGAUGAUGAUAAAGCUUACGAUGAAGAUUAUAAAGAUGGUGUUGGUGGAGGCCUAAGAUGAUGACAAAAGCAUUGAUAGUAAUUUCCUGACACCAGAACAUAUUAUUUAUGCUUAUAAAACGUGAGAGAUCAUUGACAAGGUUGGAACAUAUUAUUGUCUCCUUUUAGUUUCUGCAUUUCUUUCCAACUUCAAAUGCACGUGUCUGUGUAUCACGGUAAGAGCUUGUUUAUAUUUCAUACUAAAGUUUUUUAUAUGUAAAACUUGGGAAAUCAGGGGUAAAAAAAGAAAAAAAUCACGGAGACCAGUACGAGCGAGACUGUUUUAACCCACGAUGCAGCUUUGAUACGCAGUAUUUUCUGGAGUUUGAGUAGGCGCUCUCCUUUUGUUCCCCACGUGUGUCAUUGCUGUCCGCCCUUUAAUUCUUCAUACCGUACAUUUAAUUCAUGUCUGCUUUCACUUCAGACUACGUCAGGAUUCCACCUCUGUGAUGCAGUGAAUGAAAACAGAGAGGACUUACUGAGGUUGUAACCAUGAAACUGAAUAAGAACGACUGUCAGACCAGUAUUGUUAGACUAGAAGUUUUUUUAUUAUUAAAUACCAAAUUAUUAAAAGAAUGGGAUUUGUGUAUUUAAUGCCUUGCAACAUUCCAAUAAAGGCUCAAAUUUGUUUCUAA